GCCAGUCUGUUGAGGGAAACUGAUCAGGCAAGAUGUCUGGUUAUAUUGUGAUCCUGUUGUGGUCGGUCCUCUCGUUAGGAAUGGCCGAUCACGUCCCAGUCCACCUGGCAGAUGAGCAUUUUGUGACAAAGCAAAAGAGCGUCUACGAUCUUCUGCAGCAUUUGGAUUGUGUGGAUGUUGGAAACCCUGGAUUGUACAGAGAAGGAGUUUCAUGGGACGUCAGAGGAAACCUCAAAGCGUACGAUAGCGAGAUCAUCGUCAAUGACUUCCUCGAUAAAUACGAGCGUGGAAUGUUGCCUCGUGGUCGGGUAUUCUCCGUCUUCUAUCCGGUCAUUCUGGACGAAGCCAUAGCCCUUUUUCGGCUCUUCCGAUCCGCCGUGGACUUCAAAACAUUCUACAAAACUGCAGCCUGGGCUCGCAUCCACGUAAACGAAGGGCAGUUUGUCUACGCCUUCAGUGUUGCAGUCAUUCAUCGACCGGACACCAAAUACGUGAAGCUACCAGCCCCCUACGAGAUAAAUCCGGACUUGUUCUUCAACACCGAAAUCAUCCGCCAAGCUCAGCUUCAAAAAUUGAACCGUUUGCCUGGCUCUGCAGGAUCUCACGUAAUCCUUGCGAAUCGCAGUCUGUGGUACGCAGGAAAUCACGAUGACCGUGAGCACGAAAUUGACUAUUUUGUAGAGGACGUGGGAAUGAACGCUUAUUACCAAAUCCUGAAUCUCGAAUUCCCGUUCUGGAUGUCAAGCGAGGAGUUCAAUCUGCCGAAGGGCUACCGCGGCGAGCUUUACUACCACAAUUUGAAGCUGAUACUGACGCGUUACAACCUGGAGCGAAUCAGUAACAACUUGGACAAAAUUGAAUACAUCGAUUGGAACAAACCAAUUGAAACGGGUUACCAUCCAUCCAUGACUUAUCACAACGGAUUGCACUUUCCACGACGCGAUCACAACUCCAUGGUGCCACGAAACAAAUACAAGAAGCUUCAAGACAUACAGAACCUGGAAUCCCGCAUACUGGAGGCCAUUGAUUCAGGGUUCUUUCUUAACGCGGAUGGGAAAUCAGAGAGCAUCUACACUUCGGACGGCUUCGACAUCCUCGGCAAUAUAAUUGAGGGUAACGUCGAUUCGCUGAACAAACAGCUAUACGGUUCGAUCAACUCCCUCGCCAGAAACAUACUCGGUUUCAGUCCCGAUCCUUUGAGCAAUCACCAGAUACUCCCCAGCGCUCUGGAACACUUCAGCACCAGCUUAAGAGACCCCGGAUUUUAUCGUAUCUGCAACAGAAUCGUCGAAUUUUUCAACAGAUACAAGAGCAACUUGGAGCCUUACACGGCUGAGGAAUUGGGUCAAUCAGCCGGUUUGAAAAUCGAAUCUGUUGUCAUCGACAAGCUAGAAACUUACUUCGACCACUAUGAUUCGGUCAUUGAGAGUUCCGACGACUUUUCCUUUACCGUCAAGGCUCGCCAGCGACGUUUGAACCACAAACCAUUUAGCUACGCGAUCAGAGUUCAUUCUGAAAAGGACACGGAAGCCAUGGUGAGGAUUUUCCUCGGACCGAAGUACGACGCGUUGCACAACGAACUUGCCAUAACCGAGAAUUAUGAAAACUUCUACGAGUUCGAUGCGUGGAAGAUUAAACUUGAACCCGGGUGGAAUGAUAUCAAGCGCACCAGCAACAAUGCCCUCUUCGUGGUUCCCGAUGACGAGGGUAUCGAAGUUUUUUACCGCAAGUUGAAAGCGGCGGUGGAGGAAAAAGCGCCUCUCACCUACUCGGAACAUGUUUACGGAUUUCCGGAUCGGCUUCUCCUCCCUAAGGGAAAGAAGGAGGGACUCCGGCUACAGGUUUUCGUCCACGUUGUUCCCUGCAGCAAGGAUCACAUCCAGGAAAUCGAUUCUCCGAUAUGGGGGAAGGCCUACACCGAUGGUCGUCCGAUGGGAUUCCCUCUGGACAGACCGAUCCAGGCUAACAAUUUCACCCUGCCCAAUAUGCGCUUCGAAGAGGUUGUCAUUUUCCACAGAGAAGCUGCGGAAAUAAACGCCACUGUGUAAACAAAGUUUUAAAUUGUCCCGAGAUCAUAGUCAUACAAUGUUUCUAUCGUAAAUUACUUUUUUCAUUUGAUAUUAUAUAUAUGUAUGUAUAUCCUGCUGUGAUUAUAAUUGGCAAAGGUAUAACGCUGAAUA